AUGAGAUCACGACAGCAACAUUCCAACCAACCGCCGCUGCCGCAGCACUUUGUGGAAUCGCUGCAACGCCUCUUCAGCUUGUUGGACGCACAGUGCGGCGGGAAGGGGAAAGUCCCGUUGGAAUUGGUAAGAGAUGGGGUAAACGCAGGAUAAUUGUUUUUUUUUUUGACUACAAAUAUUGUAAAAAAGUCAAAAAAUAAAAAAAGAUUUUUGAAAAAAUCAAAAAAAAAAAAAAAUAAAAUAGUAGAAAAAAUAAAAAAUAAAAAUAUUAAAUCAAAAAUAAAUUAAAAAUCAAAAAAAAAAAUCAAAAAUAAAUUGAAAAAUCAAAAGAUAAUAAAUAAAUAAAAUAAAAGAAAUAAUAAAUCGUAAAAAAAUUUAAAAUAAAAAAAAUAAAAUAAAAAAAAAUUUAAUCAAAAAUAAAAUGAAAAAUGAAAAAAAAAUCAAAAUAAAAAAUUAAAAAAAAUCAAAAAAAUAAAACAAAAAAUAAAACAAAAAAAACAAAAUAAAAAUAAAAAUUUUAAAAUCAAAAAUAAAUUAAAAAUCAAAAAUAAAACAAAUUUAAAUCAAAAAUAAAUUGAAAAAUCAAAAAAAUCAAAAUCAAAAUGAAAAAAGAUAAAAAAAUAAAUAAAAAAUAAUAAAAAAAAAUUUAAAAUCAAAAAUAAAUUAAAAAUCAAAAAAAUCAAAAUAAAAAAUUUUAAAAAAUCAAAAAAAAAAAAAAAAUAAAAAAAAAUAAACAAUAAUAAAAAAAUUUUAAAUCAAAAAUAAAUUAAAAAUCAAAAAAAAUCCUUAUUUUUUUCGUUUUUUUAUUUAUUUUUUUAUUUCAGAUCGCAUCUCAAUGGCAAAAUCUUCAACACCAAUUCCCCGCUGGCUUUCUGGAAUGUCUGGGCCGUGUCGCUCCGCCUGACGGCCAACUGACAUUUGAGAGAUUUUUGGCCGGCUUCCGAUUGGUCAUCUCCAAUCGGCAGCGCACGGUGCGCCUGAAAAGGGUCCGAAGCGAGGGAAAGUUGGAUGAAAUUGGAAAGUAAGUGAAAUAUUAUUGUAAAACAGCGAUGAUAAAGUUUACUGGAAGAAAGGAUAAAAUCUUCUCAUUUUGUUUUUGCACAGUGCAAAAUUACAGUGUAAAAAAGCUUAGGUUUUUGCACAGUGCAAUUUUCUAAUUGAAAAAAGCCUACGAUUUUGCACUGUGCAAAAUUUUAGUUGAAAAAAGCCUAUAAUUUUGCACAGUGCAAUUAUAUAAUUGAAAAAAGCCUAUGGUUUUGAACUGUGCAAAAAUUUAGUGCUGAAGAUACUUGGUUUUUUUUGUACAGUGCAAAAUUUAGUUGAAAAAAACCUAUAAUUUUGCACAGUGCAAUUUUGUAAUUGAAAAAAGCCUAUGAUUUUGCACAGUGCAAAAAUUUAGUGCAGAAAAUACUUGGCUUUUUUGCACAGUGCAAUUUUCUAAUUGAAAAAAGCCUAUGUUUUUGCACAGUGCAAUUUUUUAAUUGAAAAAAGCCUAUAAUUUUGCACUGUGCAAAAUUUUACGUUAUAAAAAAUAUCUCAAAAUAAAAUUUUUGAAACUUUAACCUUACCCGUAGCACUAAAAAACAAAUAACAAUUAAUUUCUCUCCCAAAAAUUUUUCACUUUUUUCUCCAUCGUCAGCAAAAAUUCCCGAAAAUUUUCGCUCAAGAAAUGGUCCUUUAAACGCUGUUGUUCUUGCUCGCAACUCUUCUUUAUUUGUCCAUCCGAAGCGAUCUGGGGAUGCGGUGGGAAAAAGUGGGGGGAAUAUGACCCGGAAAUUUUGUAAAAAGAACAUUAUUUUAGUUUAUUUGGGUUAAAGAGGGGAUUUUCGGAUGAGUAAGGGGAAGGUGGGUAUUUUAUAAACUGAGAUUUUGAGUCAUAGAUGGGAGGAGUUUUUUAAUUUUUGCACAGUGCAGUUUUAUAGUUGAAAAAAGCUUACAAUUUUGCACAGUGCAAUUUGCUUGUUGAAAAAAGCCUACAAUUUUGCACAGUGCAGUUUUCUUGCUCAAAAAAGCCUAUGGCUUUGCACAGUGCAGUUUUCUUUUCAGUCUUAGUAGCCUAUACGUUUGCAAUGUGCAAUUUUAUUGUUGGAAAAACCUAAAAUUUUGCACUGUGCAAUUUUCCUGUUGAAAAAAGCGUAUGACUUUGCACGGGGCGGUUUUUUUGUUGAAAAAAGCCUAGAAUUUUGCACCGUGCGAGUUUUUCAUUUUAUAGUUCGAAAAAGCCUACAAUUUUGCACUGUGCAGUUUUACUGUUGAAAAAAGCAUACGUUUUUGCACAGUGCAAUUUUCUAGGUUAAAGAAGUCUAAAAUUUUGCACUGUGCGGUUUUCUUUUUCCAAAAAAGGCCUAGAAUUUUUGCACUGUGCAAUUUUCUAACUGAGAAAAGCCUACAAUUUCGCACGGUGCAAUUUCGUAGUUGAAAAAAGCCUAUAGCUUUGCACUGUGCAAUUUUCUGAUUGAAAAAAGCCUAUGAUUUCGCACUGUGCAAUUUUCUAAUUGAAAAAAGCCUACGAUUUUGCACUGCGCAAUUUUUUAUUUUAGUAGAUGUAAAUUUUAGGGGAAAUUGGGAACUAAAAAUUCUAAGGAUAGUUACAAAUUACUGUGAUAUAUAAAAGUGAAGGAAUAAGACCGACUUUGGAAUUUUGAAAAGACACUAAACUCGCUUUCUCGAGCUUUUUUCUCACGUCGGCCCCAUUUUUUCCAUUUCAAUUUUUCAAAAAAAAGCGAGGAAAGCGUUUUAAACGUUUUGCUUCGGAACGACCGGUGCGAUCUUGCUUCUCACUCUUAUAUGAUAUAUCAUCUGAUAAGGUAUUUUUGUUCAUAAAUUUACCUCUCAAAUCACCCAAUCUUAUUCCAGCUACGCCCGAAUUCCCGCAAUGGGCGUGAACGGGCUCCUGGUCGAGCAGCAUCGCCCAUUCUCCGCGGCCAGCAACGCACGCGCCCUGAAAGCCCAAUACGGCUCGCAACCCGCCCUCAACGCCAAAUACGUCCAGCCUCCGGCCCCAAUUUUGCGGCUACCCGAGUCGCGCGAGAAUUAUUCGCAUUACGAUUAUUUCAAACCCGAGCCAUUCCGACGUCCCGCCAGCGCCGGCGCGGGCCAUUUGGUGCGGGCUGGGACCGAAACAAACACGACGACAUCGGAUUCUUCGCCCACCGACAGCAAUAAUUACAGUGUGGUGAUGAGAAGUCGGAGCAAGGUAAAUUACAUUUUGAUGUUUAAAAUUCGAAGGGAAGUUUCAACAUUUUUUGUUUGUAUUUGAUAUUAUUAUUAUAUUAUUUAUUUUUUUUGCACUGUGCAGUCUAAAUUUUGCACUGUGCAGUCUAAAUUUUGCACUGUGCGGUCUAAAUUUUGCACUGUGCAGUCUGUGGAGUCAGAGUUUUGCAUAGUACGGACUCAAUUUCGACCAAAAAAAUAAAAAAAAUCGAUAAAUUUUUUAUUACCAAUUUUAUCAACCAAAUCAUCAAGAUUUAAAUUUUGCACAGUGCGGAGUCAAUUUUUCACUAAAAAUCGGGCUGCACUGUGCAAUAUGGAAAAAGGUCGAACUGAAAAUUCGAAAAAUUGCUUUUUAUUGAAUUCGAGCUGUGACAAUUUUUUUAUUACCAAUUUUAUCGACCGUAGCAUCAAGAUUUAAAUUUUGCACGGUGCAAAGCCAAUUUCGCACUAAAAAUCGGACUGCACUGUGCAAAAAAUUUUAAAUUGUUUUGUGAGCUCAAAAUGCUUAUAAAAAUUCAAAAACUGGUGGAAAAACUUUCUUCAGGGUCCAAGUAAUCCAUCAACAAAGCAGAUUCGUGCUCCAGCCCCUCCACAGACCAAAUCCGUUCAUAGUUUACAUCAAGUUUUGAAUGGAAAUCGCUAUCGGCCGGCUUCGCUGACCUCUUCCGGCAGUGGAUCAUGUGAGUCUUUGCGUUAG